UGCUUGUUCCUCGGUCAUUUGCCGCGGUCUUCUCCUCGUCACCAAAUUCCCGGCGCGCCCAAAUACUGUGAUUGCGACAAUACGAUCGACCCGCGCUUCGCGGUCCUUGCCGGUCGCCGUCCGUUUCGAUCCGCCUCGCAUCGCGAUUUUCUUUUCAGCGGUCUUGCCUUUUUCCUUCCACAAAAAUGGCGAAUCUUAUUUUUGCGCACUCCAGUGCGCCGAUCCGCACGAUCAAGGAGAUCCAGUUUGGGCUCCUGUCCCCGGAGGAAAUCAAGGGUAUGAGCGUGUGCCAUGUCCUCUAUCCUGAGACGAUGGAUGAGACACGCACAAAGCCUCGCGAUGGCGGUCUCAAUGAUCCUCUGCUCGGCUCGGUCGACAGACAGUUCAAGUGCAAGACUUGCACCGAGAACAUGUCGGAGUGCCCUGGCCAUUUUGGUCACAUCGAGCUUGCCCGACCGGUCUAUCAUCCUGGUUUCAUCAGGCGCACAAAGAAGUUGCUCGAAAUCGUCUGCCACAACUGCAGCAGGGUGCUAGCGGAUAGAUCCGACCCGCAAUAUGCCGCCGCCAUGCGCAUCAGGGACCCCAAGGUCCGGUUCAAGCGGGUUUGGGACAUCUGUAAGAGCAAGAGGCGCUGUGACAACGACCCUCCCAAGAAUGCCGAAGAUGGUGACUCCGCGGGAGGGCUUCUCGGCGGGCAUGGAGGAUGCGGCAAUAUUCAACCUGUCAUUCGACAGCAGGCCCUCACUCUUUGGGGUCACUUCGAAACCAAGGAUGAGGAAGGCGCCAAGAACAAGGAGAAGAAGAUCAUCACGCCGGAGAUGGCCCUCAACAUCUUCCGCCGCAUGAGCGACCAGGAGAUGGUGGACAUCGGCCUCAACAUCUCGCAAGCCCGACCCGAGUGGAUGAUCAUCACCGUCCUGCCUGUUCCCCCACCGCCUGUUCGUCCGAGCAUUUCCAUGGAUGGAACCGGAACGGGCUUGCGAAACGAGGACGACUUGACAUAUAAGCUCGGUGAUAUCAUUCGCGCCAACGGCAACGUCCGACAGGCCAUCGCAGAGGGGUCGCCUCAGCAUAUCAUCACCGAUUUUGAAAACCUACUCCAGUAUCAUGUCGCUACCUACAUGGAUAACGACAUUGCUGGUCAGCCACAGGCAUUGCAGAAGAGCGGACGCCCCGUCAAGGCCAUCCGAGCCCGCCUCAAGGGGAAGGAGGGGCGGCUGCGAGGCAACUUGAUGGGAAAGCGCGUCGACUUCUCGGCUCGUACUGUCAUUACCGGCGAUGCGAAUAUCUCCUUGGAUGAGGUCGGCGUACCGCGCAGCAUCGCCCGCACGUUGACAUACCCCGAGACCGUGACGCCGUACAACAUCGCCAAGCUUACUCAGUUCGUCCAGAACGGCCCGAAUGAGCACCCGGGAGCAAGAUUCAUCAUCCGAUCUGAUGGCACUCGGAUUGACCUCCGCCACCAUCGGCGUGCGACCGGCAUUCAGCUCGAGUACGGUUGGAAAGUGGAGCGCCACCUGAUUGAUGGAGACUACAUCAUCUUCAACCGUCAACCGUCUCUCCACAAGGAGUCCAUGAUGGGUCACAGGGUGCGGGUCAUGCCUUACUCGACCUUCCGGCUCAACCUGUCCGUCACUUCGCCUUACAACGCUGAUUUCGACGGUGACGAGAUGAACUUGCACGUCCCCCAGACCGAGGAGACGCGUGCCGAGGUCAAAGAGCUUUGCAUGGUUCCCCUGAACAUUGUCUCGCCGCAGAGGAACGGUCCUCUCAUGGGCAUCGUCCAGGACACCUUAGCUGGCGUGUACAAGCUCUGCCGGCGCGACGUGUUCCUUACCAAAGAGCAGGUGAUGAACAUCAUGCUCUGGGUCCCUGAUUGGGAUGGCAUUAUUCCGCUCCCAGCGAUCUUCAAGCCUCGGCCCCGAUGGACCGGCAAGCAGAUCAUUAGCAUGAUCAUCCCAAAGAUCAUCAACAUCCACAUGAACUCGGACCAGCCUGACAAAGACCAUCCAUUUAAGGAUGAUGGUCUUCUCAUUCAGCAAGGAGAGCUCAUGUUUGGCCUGCUGUCAAAAAAGAGCGUAGGCGCCACGGGAGGCGGAAUUGUUCACCUGUGCUACAACGAGCUCGGACCCCAAGGGGCCAUGGACUUCCUCAAUGGCUGCCAGCGGGUGGUCAACUACUGGUUGCUGCACAAUGGACACAGCAUCGGCAUCGGUGACACAAUUCCUGAUGCCAAGACUAUCGAGCUGGUCCAGAAGCAUAUCGACGACGAGAAGGAGGAGGUCCGCCGGCUGACCCAGCAAGCCACCAACAAUGAGCUUGAGCCGCUCCCCGGCAUGAACAUUCGAGAGACUUUUGAAAACAAGGUCUCCACGGCCCUCAACAAGGCCCGCGAUAAAGCUGGUACCACCACCGAGAAGAGCCUGAAGGACCUCAACAAUGCGGUGACAAUGGCUCGUUCGGGUUCCAAGGGCUCUGCAAUCAACAUCUCGCAGAUGACUGCCCUCGUCGGCCAGCAGAUCGUGGAGGGCAAGCGUAUCCCGUUCGGAUUCAAGUACCGUACACUCCCUCAUUUCACCAAAGACGACUAUUCUCCCGAGGCUCGUGGCUUCGUUGAGAACUCGUAUCUCCGUGGCUUGACUCCUUCUGAGUUCUUCUUCCACGCCAUGGCUGGCAGAGAAGGAUUGAUCGAUACCGCUGUUAAGACAGCCGAGACGGGCUACAUCCAGCGCCGGCUUGUCAAGGCGCUCGAGGAUGCAGAAGCGCACUAUGACGGCACGGUCCGGAACUCGCUUGGUGACAUCAUUCAGUUCAUCUACGGUGAAGACGGUCUGGAUGGUGUCGCCAUCGAGAAGCAGCGAGUGGAUCACAUGAAUCUGUCGAACAAGCUCUUCGACAAGCGUUUCCGCCUGGAUGUCAUGGACGAAGAGAGCUCCGCUGCUGCUCUAGAUGCUCUGGAAUUCGGGAGGGAGAUGGCUAGCGACCCGAUGGUGCAGCAGCUUCUGGACCAAGAGUACGAGCAGCUGCUGGCUGAUCGCAAGCUUUUGCGGGAGAUCAACCGCCGCAAACGGGGUGAAGACAACAUGCAGCUCCCGCUCAACGUGGCUCGCAUCAUCGAGACGGCGAAGAAGCUCUUCAAGGUUGAUGACUCUCACCGCAGCGAUCUUACGCCCAAGGACGUUAUCCCCGCCGUCCGAGCCUUGCUUGACCGGCUGGUUGUUGUCCGCGGCACCGAUGCGAUCUCGAAGGAGGCCGAUUACAAUGCGACACUCUUGUUCAAGAUUCAACUGCGGUCCCGCCUGGCUUUCAAGCGGCUCGCAGUCGAGCAGAGGAUCAACAAGCUAGCCUUUGAACACAUCCUGGGCGAGUUGGAGAACCGGUGGUCGCGCUCGAUGGUCGCCCCUGGCGAGAUGGUUGGCGUGCUGGCUGCUCAGUCCAUCGGAGAACCGGCGACGCAAAUGACCCUCAACACAUUCCACUUCGCUGGUGUCUCGUCCAAGAACGUCACCCUGGGUGUCCCACGUCUCAAGGAGAUCCUCAACGUCGCCAAGGACAUCAAGACUCCCUCCAUGGUUGUCUACCUGGACUCGGAGAACGCGACACAGGAGGAUGCCAAGAGGCUUCGUAACGCCGUUGAACAUACCAGCCUUCGUUCCGUCACGGCCGUAACGGAGAUCUACUAUGAUCCGGACAUCACAUCCACAAACAUCCCCGAGGAUUUCGAUAUGGUUGAAUCCUACUUCCUGAUCCCGGACUCGUCGGACCAGGAUUCGAUCGAAAACCAAUCGCGUUGGAUUCUGAGGCUCACUCUUGACCGACAGAAAAUGCUCGAUAAAGGCCUCCGAGUGGAAGACGUUGCGCAGCGCAUCAAGGAGGAGUACAGGAAAGACGUGGCGGUCAUCUUCAGUGACAACAAUGCGGAAGAGAUGGUCAUCCGGAUACGCGUCAUCCGCCAAGACGACGAUAAGGACGAGGACGGUAAUAAGAUCAUUGAGGAUGAUGUGAUGCUCAAGCGACUCGAGAAGCAUCUCCUCGACCACUGCACUCUGCGCGGCGUCGUCGGUAUCGAGCGUGCCUUCUUGAACAAGGGCACCAAGCUGGUCGAGAGGGCGGAUGGAUCGCAGGUGGCCAACAAGGAUGCUCCGGAAUGCAUGGAGUGGUACCUCGAUACGCAGGGCACGGCCUUGAGGGAGGUCCUGACCAUCGAGGGGGUCGACACGAAGCGAACGUCAACAAACGAUCUGUAUCAGAUUGUGGACGUGUUCGGUAUCGAGGCAGCUCGGGCGGCUCUGCUGCAGGAGUUGACCCAGGUGCUCGCUUUCGACGGUUCGUAUGUCAACCAUCGGCACUUGGCGCUUCUGGUCGACGUCAUGACCUACCGUGGCAGCAUCGCCGCCGUGACGCGCCACGGCAUCAACCGCGCUGACACGGGUGCUCUGAUGCGCUGCUCGUUCGAAGAGACGGUCGAGAUUCUGCUCGAGGCUGCUGCCGUCGGUGAGCUGGAUGACUGCCGGGGCAUUUCGGAGAACGUCAUGCUGGGCCAGAUGGCGCCCAUGGGGACCGGUCACUUCGAUGUUCUUCUCGAUCCCAAGAUGUUGGAGACGGUCAUUUCGGACAACUCGCGCAUGGGCUUGAUGCCUGGCAUGACCAUCAAGGGAUCCCAGCUUGAGGGCGCAGCAACCCCCUACGAUACUGGCUCGCCGAUGGCGGACAACGGCUAUCUGGGCAGCUACUCGCCGACCAUGGGUAACUUCUCGCCCAUACAGGGCGGAGGAUCGGACAGCCCGAGCGGUUUCGGGACCGAGUACGGGGGCGGCUUCGGCUCGAGCACCGUCAACCCUUACUCGACGAGCCCGCGCGCGACCAGCCCCUUCUCCACGUCACCCACUUCGCCGUUUGGCUAUGGCGGGUACUCGCCUUCGUCACCAGCUGGUUACUCGCCCACUUCGCCCCUCAUCGACGCUGGAGGCCGUUACGCAUCGAGCCCGCAGUUCAGCCCCUCGUCUCCAUCGUUCUCACCAACGUCACCGAUGCUGCGGCCUGGCAGCCCGACCAGCCCGAACUACAGCCCGACGUCGCCCAGCUACUCUCCGGCGUCGCCCGCAGCGACCAGGCAUUACUCCCCGACGUCGCCGGCGCAGUUCAACUCGCCGACGUCUCCGUCGUACUCUCCAACGAGUCCGAGCUACAGCCCGGCGUCACCCAAUCUGCAUGCCACCUCGCCGUCAUACUCGCCGGCGUCGCCCACUUGGUCUCCUACAUCUCCGGAUGCCUACUCACCGACGAGCCCGUCGUUCCAGCGGUCCCCGGGCCAGCAGAUGUCGCCGACCAGCCCUGGCUACUCGCCCACGUCGCCCUCAUUUUCACCAAGGACUCCGGGCCGCGGCCCUGCCGGAGGCAAUGGUGACCAGUACUCACCCACUUCUCCGACCAACGACUGAUCCGGUUCCUUGUGAGUCACGGGCGACUCUCGUUGCAUGCAGGGUGCUGGCUGCUCUGCAUGGAUGCCACGGGAUCUCCCGGGGCAUCCGCAGGUUGUUAUUGGGGGUAUAUAUUUGGACCGAGCUGCCUAUUUCUGCCCCAUUUCCUUAU